UCAGGAAAGUGAUAGAGAAGGAGAGACAGGGGGAGUGAGAGAAUGGCGAAGGUCCGGCAGGCGGCGAGGUUUGUGACGGCGGGGGCGAUGGGGGUGGGACUGCUGGUGCUGUCGGGGCUGACACUGACGGGGACGGUGAUCGGGCUGGUGGUGGCGACACCGUUGUUGGUGAUAUUCAGCCCGAUCCUGGUGCCGGCGGCGGCGGCGGCGGCGCUGGUGGCGGCGGGGCUGCUGCUGUCCGGGGGGUUCGGGGUGGCGGCGGUGUCUGCUCUGGUGUGGAUCUACAACUACGUGACGGGGAAGCACCCGCCGGGCGCGGACCGGCUGGACGCCGCGCGGGCGGCGCUGGCGAGGAAGGCCAGGGAUUACGGCCACUACGUGCAGACCAAGACCCAGGAGGCCGCCGCUACUGGCGCUUAAUUAGAAUGGAAUAGAAUUAGUUUCUAUCCAUCUCUCUCUCUCUCUCUCUCUCUCUCUCUCUCUGUGGUAGGGCUUGUGAUUCCGUUGGGCUCUUGGGGUGGUUUUUGCGUGCAUGUAUGGUUGUUCUUCCUACAUAUGUGGCGUUUUGGCUUUCAACUGAUCCGUAGUUAUCUGUGUAUGCUAAAUAGGGUAAUGGCAAUAAGCUGGUGGUUCUUGUUA